AUGGCUUCCAUCACUAUUGUUUCCGGAUUAUUGUUACCGCUCUUUUUCAUUUACACAACCUUAUAUUUUUGGACGCGGCAGUAUAACCGACGUGCUGCACACUUCUGGCACACGCUACGCAUACCUGCUGUGGGCGUACAAGACGAUGCCUGGUUGCGCGCAAUCUUCUGGUCCGUUACACGAUCCGCGACUUAUGCGUUUGAGGGCUAUCAGAGAUUCUCACUCCGCAACUUGGUAUUCGUCGCUCCGAGCACUGGAUGCGGGGCUAUCGUCGUACUACCACCGUCACACCUGAAUGUCCUGAACAAAUCGGAGAACGAACUUCAAGCCUUUCACGUUCAGCUCGAGUCGCACCAACCCCGCUACACCAUGGGGGAUCCGGAGGUGUGGGGAAGCAUGCUUCAUUACGAUGUUGUGCGCAAUCAACUUUCGAAGGACGUUGGGCACUUCGUACGUAUGACUGACGAAGAGUUGGCUGCUGGAUUUCGGGACUACUGCGGACGCUCCUCAGAUUGGGCCACAGUUAAUCUGUGGGACGUUUGCACUAAGGUUAUCGCACGCGCUGGCAACCGGGCGUUCGUGGGACUCCCCUUAUGUCGGGAUGAGACCUUGCUGGAACAGACACGCGUUUAUGCCACGAAUGUGUACGGCUGUGCGACCGUCAUCACUGCACUUCCUCCGAUAUUGCAGCCCGUAUUAGGGCAUUUGAUAGCACUGCCUGCGCAGUGGUCGCUCUACAAAUGCAAGAAGAUCCUGAUCCCGUUCGUCCAGGAAAGACUCGACAUGCUCCAGCGUGGCAGCGAUGAUAUGCCGAACGAUGUGCUACAAUGGUUGAUUCAGCGCUGUGCAAAGGCCGGACCAAAGCAGACUGUCCCUGGCAAGGUGGCUGAGAGGCUGCUGAUUCUCAAUCUAGUCUCAAUUUUCACAACCACUUUCACCUUUUCGAACUGUAUUUUGGACUUAUACAGCAGCGCCAACAGGGAUGAUUUCCUUGCUGGACUCCGAGCUGAAUGCGACAAGAGCGCCGCCUUACACAACGGUCUACUUACCAAAACUGCCAUCGACCAACUCUACCGCGUCGACUCAACAAUAAGGGAGUCCAUGAGAACGUCGAUGUUUGGAAUCAUCGCACUUUUCAGGGAAGUUGCACCGGGCACCGAACUGGAUCUAAACAAUGGUAUACGAAUUCCGAGCGGUGUCCGCAUAGGUGUUCCGUGCCAGCCUAUUCAUUACGACGAAUCCCGAUACUGCAAUGCCUCCGAGUUUGACGCUUUUCGGUUCUCCAGAGCUUUCGAAGGGCCAUGCGAUGCCACUGGCGGCUCCAGGUCCCAGAAAUUGAGCGUGGACCUUGAUGAGUCUUUCUUGACUUAUGGGUAUGGCAGGCACGCGUGUCCUGGCCGUUGGCUUGCAUCGCAGAUUAUGAAACAAGCACUUGCACAUCUCGUACAAAAUUAUGAUGUUGAGGUUGUAGAACCAGUACCGGAGAGGAAAGCGCUAUUGAAUAUGAUACUGCCUCCCGUGGGGGCGCAGAUAAGAGUGAGACCCCGGAGCUCACUGCGAAAUUGA